GCAGAAGCCACUUUUUGGAACGACACCCCGGCAAGGGGAUCCUGAAAACAGCUAAAAACCUUAUUGGUCUGAAAAAGGCCAAAAUUGAUCUCAAAUUUCUAGAGUUUAAGCAGGUAGGCUUUCAACAAGGCGGAGCAACAGAAAACUAAAACUUAAUUCUGUGGCGAUGGGUGGAGCUCAGCAAAUUAAACGCAGGCACUUCCAAAAGUUCCAGCGGUCAACUUCAAACUUCGAAAUGGAAUUAUUAGCUACUCCACCUUUCUAGGGCGGACGCUGGGCGAAGGAGAGGUGAAAUAAAAAGGGAUUGUGUUAUGAAGGAAACGGAUAAAGAAAAUGAAGGCGGCUGGUUGAGAGGAGGAACGAGAAAAACGGAAAAAGAUCAGAGCUGGAUACCCAAGAUCAUCAAGAAGCGAGUGUGCACCUCAUUUGUCGAGGACUCCUUCAGCAAUGGAGCAUUGUGCCAGUGCGGAGGUGUGCGUGAGAUGCAUGGCUCCAUUGCCACAGGCGACUAUUUUGGGGCGGCGAUUGUCAGCCAAUGGGACAGUUCCCAGCACUCCUCUGAGUAUCCCACAGAUGCCUUUGGAGAGCUGGAGUUUGCUGGGUCUGGGAGGAGGCACAGCCAUUUCCUGCGUCUGUCAUGUGACACUCCACCUCAGAUCGUGUACACCCUGAUGACAGCCCACUGGGGUGUGCCCUCACCCAACCUAGUGGUGUCAGUGGUAGGAGGCGAAGGUCGUGAAAAGGUCAAGACCUGGGUGAGGGAGGUGCUGCGGCAGGGGUUGGUGAGAGCGGCACAGAGCACAGGGGCAUGGAUAGUGACAGGGGGGCUGAGGGAGGGGGUGGGCCGCUGUGUGGGGGAGGCAGUUAGGGAUCACGGGGCGGCGGCCUCCUCAUUCUCUCAGAAAAAAGUAAUUGCCCUUGGCGUGGCCCCCUGGGGUCUGGUGCACAACAGACAGCAGCUCGUCAACCCUCAGGGUAGUUUUCCAGCACGUUACUAUGUGCAGAACACAUCUCGUGACUCCUGCUGCCUGGAUAAUAACUACCAGGCCUUCCUCCUGGUGGAUGAUGGGAGUGUCGGUCGUCCAGGUGGAGAGACAGCUUUCAGGGCCAAUAUGGAGGACUACAUCUCCCAUCAGCGUACUGGCAUCUGGGGUAGUGGCAAUAUUGAAAUCCCUGUGCUGUGUAUGCUCAUCUCUGGGGAGGUCGCCAUGUUGGAGAGAGUUGACCUCUCUCUGAAGAAGACCACCCCGUGGCUGGUCCUGGCUGGUUCCGGCCCAGCGGCCGACCUGAUCUGCGAGGUCCUGGACGAUCUCUCGACCGUGCUCCUCAGCCCCCCCAUCUCCCCAUCCGAGAGUGAGGGUGGGGAGGGGCCCUGCACGGAGCUGAGGGACAGGGUGCGUGACAAGGUCAGGAGACACUUCCCUGCUGAGGUGGACCUCGAGAAGCUGGUGGAUAGGGUUCUGAGUAUUUAUCAGAACAGAGAUCUGAUCACAGUGUUUCAUGGGGAACAGGAAGGUCCUGAUGACUUUGACACAGUGCUCCUCAAGGCUCUGGUUAGAGCAAGUAAACGCAUAUCCAGCGAUGCCAGUGAGUACAUAGAGGAGUUGAAGCUCGCUGUAGCGUGGAACAGAGUGGACAUCGCAAAAAGUGAACUCUUCAACGGAGACAUCCUGUGGAGGUAUGAGGACCUCGAGGACUCCAUGACGGACGCGCUCGUCAACGACAAGCCCCAGUUUGUGCGCCUCUUCACCGAGAACGGCCUCAACAUCCUGGACUACCUAACCUACCGGCGACUGGAGACCCUCUAUCGGUCGCUCUCUGACAGCUCUCUGGCGUACACGCUGCUCCAGCGGCGCCUCACCGAACGACAAGGCUUGGCAGGCUUGCUGCCUGACCUCCCUGACUCCCUGGAUGGAGGCUCACCCCUCAAAACGCCUCAGAGCCCGCUAACAGGACCCGUCUCGGCCAAAGAGCUGAGCUUGUAUGAGGUUUCUCGUUUAUUAUGGGGUAUCCUGGGUGAUGUGUGUGAGCCAUUCUACUACAGCCCACUGGGCCUGGACCACAGCACCGGCACAAGGAGAGCCCUGAAGCAUGUGAACAAGUUGCUGUUGGGGGACUGUCCCUACAGGGAACAACGAUGUCUCUCUCCCUGGGCCUCCCUCUUCAUCUGGGCCGUCCUGCAGAACCGUAGCGAGAUGGCCGUCUACUUCUGGGAGAUGGCGGGAGAGUCUGUGCUCAGUGCGCUGAGCGGUUGCAAGAUGCUGAGAGAGCUAUCGAAGCUGGAGAGUGAGACGGAGACCAAGCUCUCCAUGAAGGAGCUGGCACAGAAGUUUGAGAACCUAGCUCAUGAUGUCUUCAGCGAGUGCUACCAGAGCAGUGAAAGCCGCUCCUUCACUCUCCUCAUCAGGAAGUCUCCGGUGUGGAGUGGAGCCACCUGCCUGCAGAUGGCCACCGCAGCCGACGCCCGCCUCUUCUUCAGCCAUGACGGUGUACAGUCUUUGCUGUCUCAGAUCUGGUGGGGGGACAUGGAGCGGAGCACGGAGGUGUGGAAACUGGUCAUCACCUUCUUCCUGCCCCCUCUCAUCUACACCAACCUCAUCAGCUUCAGGGAGCAGGAGGAAGAAGGGAAGUCAGACGAGUUACCGCACGGUCGGGAAACAGACAGUCUGGAUGGGGGCGAUGGGGGCACUGUGUUCUCCCUCGCCGACAUCAUGAAAACUGAGGAGGAUGCAGAGGAAUAUGCUGCGCUAAGGGCCAGUCUUAAAGAUUCUUCUCCAUCCCCUCCCAAGCUUCCAUAUGCUGUGCUACGAUGGCGGCAGUUCUGGUUUGCACCUGUCACCUCAUUCCUAGGCAACGUGUUGAUGUACUUCCUCUUCCUCUGCCUGUUUGCUUACGUCCUAUUGGUGGACUUCAUGCCCCCACCCCCAAAAGGCCCAUCCACCUUAGAGUUUGUGCUGUACUUCUGGGUCUUCACGCUUGUGUGCGAGGAGAUCCGACAGACCUUCUUUGUGGGCACCACCACUGUGUUUCUAAGAAUGAAGAUCUACAUCCAAGAUAUGUGGAACAAGUGUGACCUCACAGCCAUCAUACUGUUUUCCCUCGGACUAUGCUGCAGGAUGUUUCCGUGGUCGUAUGAGUUUGGCCGGGCUGUGAUGGCUCUGGACUUUAUGGUGUUCACCCUCAGGCUUAUCCACAUUUUUGCCAUCCACAAGCAACUGGGCCCCAAAAUCAUCAUAUUGGGGAAAAUGAUGAAGGAUGUGUUCUUCUUCCUCUUCUUCUUGGCUGUGUGGCUUAUGGCCUACGGCGUAGCCAAUCAGGCUCUUCUCUACUCCUACGAUCCCCGACCGGAUUGGAUCUUCCGACGAGUGUUUUAUAGGCCUUAUCUCCACAUAUUUGGACAAAUUCCCAUACAUGAAAUGGAUGCUGACAAGUUAGUGGAGGUAGAGUGCACAGACAAUGCCACCUUGAUUGAAGCCGGGGCGGAACCCUGCUUGAGCACCUACGCCAACUGGCUGGUGGUCCUCCUGUUGGUCAUCUAUCUGUUGGUCACUAACAUUCUCCUGGUCAACCUGCUCAUUGCCAUGUUCAGCUACACCUUCUCCAAAGUGCAGGAGCACAGCGACACCUACUGGAAAUUCCAGCGGUAUAACCUGAUUGUGGAGUAUCAUUCUCGAUCCUGCCUGGCUCCACCCUUCAUCAUCCUCUCCCAUCUAAACCUUUUCAUCAAAAGACACAUCCGCCGCAUUCCCUCUGUCAAGAUAAAACACUUUGUUCUGGAGUUGCGUGGUAGGAAGGCCAGCAGACUGAACACCUGGGAGGCUAUCCAGAAGGAGAACAUACUCUCUGCCCAUAACAAACGACAGCGAGAUAGUGACACAGAGCGACUUAAGCGUACCUCUGUCAAGGUGGACAGUGUCCUGAAGCAGAUGGCUGAGAUCCGUGAUCACGACCGAAGGCUAAGAACACUGGAGACAGAGCUGGAGUACUGCUCUAGCGCCCUCUCAUGGAUGGUGGAGGCACUCUCUCAAAGCCCUGUGAUAAAGCCGACACGCCCGCCACCCACCCUCCGAGUUGCAGAUUUGACUCCACUUUCUCCGACUUGUUGACUCGAUGACCUCGGUGCAUUCACUUUUCAUAGACACAGGCACACACACCAGUGGCGUAACUAUAGGGAGUGCAAGGAGUGCAGCUGCACUAGGGCCCGUGGCGAAA